CCGCCAUGGCUGCCGCGCGCCGCCAGGGCUAUUAAGUAGCUGCAGGGGUACUGUUCUCCGCUGCGGCUGCCCGGCCGCCCUGUCCGCGGGCGGGUGGCGCAUGGGUCUCCUCCGAGGCGCGCCCCCAUGUGCUCGGGCCAUGGCACGUCUGGGCGCUGUGCGCUCCCACUACUGCGCGCUGCUGCUGGCCGCGGCGCUUGCCGUCUGUGCCUUCUACUACCUCGGCUCCGGCCGGGAGACCUUCUCCAGCGCCACCAAGAGGCUGAAGGAGGCCCGCGCCGGAGCCCCCGCCGCGCCCUCGCCGCCUGUGCCGGAGCUGCCGCAGGGCACCGUGGCGCCGGCCCCGGGCGCUAAGGCCAAGAGCCUGGAGGAAGGCGGGGCCGGGCCGGUGGACUACCACCUGCUGAUGAUGUUCACCAAGGCGGAACACAAUGCCGCGCUGCAGGCCAAGGCCCGCGUCGCGCUCCGCUCCCUGUUGCGCCUCGCUAAGUUCGAGGCGCACGAGGUGCUUAACCUGCACUUCGUGAGCGAGGAGGCCAGCCGCGAGGUGGCCAAGGCCCUGCUGCGGGAGCUGCUACCGCCCGCCGCCGGCUUCAAGUGCAAGGUUGUCUUCCAUGAUGUCGGUGUGCUGACGGAGAAGCUCUUCCCCGUCGUGGAGGCCAUGCAGAAGCACUUCAGUGCCGGCUCCGGGACCUACUACAGCGACUCUAUCUUCUUCCUCUCGGUGGCCAUGCAUCAGAUCAUGCCCAGAGAGAUCCUGCGGAUAAUUCAGCUGGACCUAGACCUAAAGUACAAGACCAACAUCCGGGAAUUGUUUGAGGAGUUCGAUAACUUCCUGCCCGGCGCCGUCAUUGGCAUAGCAAGGGAGAUGCAGCCAGUGUACAGGCACACAUUCUGGCAGUUCCGUCAUGAGAACCCCAAGACCCGGGUCGGGGGCCCUCCCCCUGAGGGGCUCCCCGGCUUCAACAGCGGGGUGGUGCUGCUCAACCUGGAGGCCAUGCGCCAGUCCCCACUGUACGGCCGCCUGCUGGAGCCGGCACACGUGCAGCAGCUGGCCGACAAGUACCACUUCCGGGGUCACCUCGGGGACCAGGACUUCUUCACCAUGAUCGGCAUGGAGCACCCCGAGCUCUUCCACGUGCUGGACUGUACCUGGAACCGGCAGCUUUGCACCUGGUGGAGGGACCAUGGCUACAGCGACGUCUUCGAUGCCUAUUUCCGGUGUGAGGGCCACGUCAAGAUCUACCACGGGAACUGCAACACCCCUAUCCCAGAGGCCUAGGCGCCUCCUCGCCCACCAUGCCCUCGGGCUCGGGAUCUGGGGAAGGAGAGGGGCGCUUCUCGGACAGGCCCGGGGCAGUGUCUGAACUCCUAGAGAGACACUGCAGGGACGUCCUUGUGAUCAGGUGCUGCAGCUCUCCCAGCACGCGUUGCUGUCCUGAAGCCAUUCCAAUGAUGACUGGAUCCUUUGCCCCCACUGGUGCUCUGGACCCUUUGCCUCCAGGGGCCAGGCGUCAUUAAGGACAAACACAUAGACCUCUUCCGGUGGGCUAGGAAGCGAGCAUUUGAAAAGAAGGAAGAAAAACAAAACGGUGCCCCUUGCCUUCAGCCCCCAAAGAAUGGAAAUCCUUUUAAGAACUGGGCUUUCUUAGACCAAAUAUAAACUUAUUUUAAAUCGACAGGCGAGACAGAACAAACAGUACUGCUGUAGCUCCCAGUGAGCUCUAAAUGCGUGAGCCAGGGUUUUAACAACCAGCCCAGAGUUUAAGCAUCCAAAGGAAUGCUAGCCUUCCACACGCGCGUCCUAGGAGGCUGUGUGGUUAGUCUCACGAUGCUCGUGGCGCCUGGUGGAGAUGUAAAGAUCCCAUCUCUUUGGGGAGGGCCUUCAGCAGCACCUGUGGCCCACAUAAGAAAACUGGCCUCAUUAUUUUAACCUUCACAGCAUUUACCUCCCAACUGUAUCACAGAACCUCAUUAUCCCUUAUUCAUCUGAUCCAGCUCCAGGUGACCAGACUCUGCUCUGAAAUCAAAUCUGCCAUCAAAGAAGAGAUUGGCCACCCGCAAGGACAGGUGAUGGAAUUGUCUGGAUUGGGAAGACUCAUUCCAAAGAGGAGCCCAGCAGUGCCCGAGUGUAACCGUGCAGCUUGGAAGGGCUGUCGCUCUUAGACUUACAAGCAUUCUAGUCUCUUUAUUUGGAAGACUCAUCCUUGUGACUUUAUUGCACCAGGUCAGACCCUAUACCUUACAAGAAAUUAGGCUGUCAUUACUUGAUUUCUGCUUUAAUGAGUUCUCCUGUAAGUGAGCUACAAACAUGAAGCCUCUAUUGGUCCAUUUUGUAUAAUCUACCUGAGGUCCUUGGGGAAGAAGUGUUGUUGGAUUUUCAUCUUAUUUUAUUUCAAUUUCAUUUAUUUUUUUCCACCAUGAGUGAGAAUAGCUAAUAAAUAAUCUUUGAGAACACAAUGAUUUAUGCUCUUUGCUCUCUGAUCAUAGUUUCCCGCUACCUGAAGGAUCUGAAUCAAGAGUGUGAUCGAUGUCAUUCAGAGUCUCCCUUCCCACGUGAUUAAGCUAAUAAGUGUGCCCACAGUGGGUCUCUGGGGCCUAAGGGGGACUACGUCUGAGAAGGUUAUAUUGGGCUCAAAAUGGAGAAUCAUUUCAUUUCAGGUAUUGACAAGCCAGUCUAAUUCUGGGAGCAAAACCCACCACCCCAUCCCUUCUCAUCUGCUUACCCCUAACUGUCCGCCUACAUCAUCCCCUGAUGAAACGGAGCACAUGUCUCUCCUAACUCUCAGUUCUGACAGAACGGGUCUGUCCUCUUAGGGACUUGAUUUCCUAUUUAUUGCUACCAAUUAUUAUUAUUUUUUAGUGGUUUUUGAGAGACGGCAAUUUCAUUUAUUUAUUUACUUAUUUAUUUAUUUAUUGGCUGUGUUGGGUCUUUGUUGCUGCGUGCAGGCUUUCUCUAGUUGCAGUGAGUGAGGGGCUACUGUUUGUUGCCGUGCGCGGGCUUCUCAUUGUGGUGGCUUCUCUUGUUGCGGAGCAUGGGCUCCGGGUGCACAGGCUUCAGUAGUUGUGGCUCACGGGCUCUAGAGCACAGGCUCAGUAGUUGUGGCGCACAGGCUUAGUUGCUCUGUGGCAUGUGGGAGCUUCCCAGACCAGGGAUUGAACCCGUGUCCCCUGCACUGGCAGGCGGAUUCUUAACCACUGUGCCACCAGGGAAGUCCAAUUGCUACCAAUUAUUGAAUGUCUGCUGUGUGCCAAGCAUUGUAUUACGUGUGAUAGUGACACACUAUCACUGAUACUUGUGAAAACCUCAUUAAGGUAAUUCAGAUUCUAAAAUUUAUUGUAAUAAGAGAUGUGGACAGAGAGUCACUGUUUAUCACAGCCUUUUUUAUAAUAGAAAAAAAUUGGGAGCAACUGAAAAUGCUGAAUAGGGGAGUGGAUAAAUAAUGUGUGUUACAGACAUAUAAUGGAAUACUUUAGGCAUUAAAAAUCAUAUUUUUGAAAAACGCCUUGGAAAAUGCUUAUAAUAUGCUAUUAAGUAACAAAUGCAAAAUACAAAAUUAUAUGCAUAGUAUGAUCCUAAUUUUAUUUUUUAAAUUACGUAUAUGUGUAUGUAAAUAUAUAAAGAGACAGAGAGCCUGCCUGUUCUGCUGUAUUUCAUUAGUUCAACUCCUAAAACAAAUCAUGUGUUUCAAACACCACAUUAAAAAAAAACAAUUAUUUUAAUGGGGAAAAAAGUUAGUGAAACACUGGAGCAUUUUAGACUCAUAAUAGCAAAGGUAUUUUUCCUGCAAU